GCAAUCCCUAGUCUCCGUCACUUCCCCCAGCCUAGCCUUACCUUACCUCCUUUCCGUCUCGUCACAGGUGUGCGCUCGUUGCUUGUUUUCCUUCCUUUCUCGCCUCCAAAUGCCGCUGCUUCCCUCAAUGCUGCAUUCCCUCACGGUCCCGCUUUAGCAAAACGCACCUAGUUUUUUUCCCCGCGCAGUUUACGCUUUUCCCCUCUAGUCGACGUCUUAGCCUCUGCACCCUUUCCGCGUGCAGCGCGACACCAUGAAGGUCAUGAUAGUGCCAGUCCUCCAAGACAACUAUGCGUAUCUGCUGUACGACGAGCAGAGCAAGGAGGCGGCGGCGGUGGACCCGGCGGACCCCACGCUGGUGAUGAAUGCCGCGAAGCACAAGGGGCUCUCCGUCGUCGCCGUGCUCACCACGCACCACCACAGGGACCACGCGGGCGGCAACGAGGAGAUGAAGCGGGUGGUGCCGGGGGUGCGGGUGUACGGGGGCAGCAAGGACGCCAUCCCCGCGUGCACCAACGAGCUCAAGCAUGGCGACAGCUUCCAGUUCGGGGACGAAACCAUGACCAUCAAGGCGCUGCACACCCCGGGGCACACCAACGGGCACAUCUGCUACUUUGUGACUGCCAACAACGGCCAGCACGACCCCAUUCUCUUCACUGGUGACUGCCUUUUCGUGGGCGGGUGCGGGCGGUUCUUUGAGGGCACGCCGGCCGACAUGUACUACUCUCUGUGCCGGGUCAUCAAGAUGCUGCCGCCUGCCACCAAAGUGUACUGCGGCCACGAGUACACGGUGAAGAACCUCAAGUUUGCGCUGUAUCUGGAGCCCAGCAACCCAGCAGCGCAGGAGAAGAUGGAGUGGGCCAUGGAGCGGCGCCGGAACCGCCUGCCCACCGUGCCCUCCACGCUCGCACAGGAGCUCACCUACAACCCCUUCAUGCGCGUCGAGCUGCCCGGCAUGCAGACGGUGACAGGCAGAGAGGCCCCAGAGGAUGUCAUGGGGGAGAUCAGAGCUCGCAAGGACGCCUUCUGAUUGACCCGCCAGGGUCCUGUAUAGAGCGAGCUUUGCCUUCAGGGUAGCUGUUGCAGAAAGUCUGUGCACAUGCGGUUUGCCUGUAUACCACUCCAGGUGCACUUGUGCUGGAUCUGGAAUAGAAGAAGCCCAGCACUUUGCAUUAAGCGCUCAUGUGCUGGGUCAAAAAGUGAGUUUUCUAAGAGCGCUGUCUAAUAGCACUUCUAUUGGAAGAGGCUUGCUGAGCAGUAUGGGGGAGGUUUCACGAAAGCUAGGCUAGUAGGAAUGGUAGGAAGCCAUGGAAUGGCGUGAGGGUUUAGCUAGGAGAAAGUUGACGAGAGAAAAGAGGGUGAGAGAAGAAGAGAGG